AUGGAGUAUGCUAAAUCAAACAUAGAAGGUCACCAAAAUGUCAUUGUGAUGCGCCACGGCGAUCGAAUGGACGAUUUCGACCCACUUUGGGUUUCAACCACUGAGAGACCGUGGGAUCCGCUGUUGGCUCACGAUGGUAUCGUUCGCGCCUUUGGAACCGGUCAGAGAAUCCGAUCUCAGAAUGGUUUUCCGAUUCACCGUGUCUUUGUUUCACCUUUCCUCCGCUGUAUCCAGACCGCUGCUGAAGUCGUUGCUGCUCUCUCUGCUGUCGAAUUCGAUCCUGACGCUAAGUCGUCUAAAGACAUCCCUUUGAUCGAUAACUCUAAGCUCAAGGUUUCUAUUGAAUUCGGCUUGUGCGAGGUACUGAGCACAACAUUUAUUAAGCAUGAGAUUGCUCCCAAAGAUGGGAAAUUUGAUUUCAAGAUUUCAGAGCUUGAAGCUAUGUUUCCUGAGGGAAUGGUGGAUCAUAAUGUGGAUAUGGUUUAUAAAGAGUUGCCAAAAUGGGGAGAAUCUGCGCAAGGCUUCAAGGAUCGAUAUGCCAAUACAUUGAAGGGUCUUGCAGACAAAUAUCCUUCUGAGAAUUUGCUCUUAAUCACCCAUUGGGGAGGAGUAAGUGCCACACUUUACAAGUACUUCAAAGACGCAACAAAGUACUUAGUUGAUUACUGUGGUUGUGUUGAAUUGAGAAGGCAGGUUUUGAAUAAUGAUAAAGCUUUGGAAUUUGAGGUGCUUACAAGCCAGGGAGUAUCUUACAAGGACCGCAAAAUCCCAAUCCAUGAUCAUGUUAUAACCCAAUCUCCACCGGUUUAG